AUGUCUUCUAACUUCGGAGCACACCCCAAUAAGCCAGACACGGAAAAUGGACAGAUACUUAGGACUGGGGCGCUCGAUAGUGUUCAUGGUACUUCUUGCAAGCUCUGUGAAUACACGGCCCAAUAUCCGGGCUUCAAACACCGCCGGUCAUCUUUGGCUAAGCUGUUUCAUGCUCCCUGCAGUAAAUGCCAGUCCUGGAGGCGCCCGAAGGACCUUUCUCUUUGUACAUUCUGCACUCAUUUGCGGCUCGAUCACAUAUUUAAAUGCAGGACAACUAAUACAAUGGUUUUUCUCAACAUCCUGACCUUGGACACAAUCCGCGACCGGCAAUCAUACUGCCAACUUUGCCACUUUUUCAGCAUGCUGAUUGGAAAUCAUGGAACCAUUUGUGGUGUUUGGAAGUCAAAUAGUUCCGCGUCCCUAGACUCUGAAAGGACACUUCAUCAAGGCUGGCCAAUUACACCAAACUCCCUCAAGACGUAUGUUGACUGGCAGAAAGUAUGUUCUUGGAUUGAAGCAACGCCCCCAGGAAAGUCUAUCAAUGAUCACCUUUCUUGGAAUCUUAAGGGACUAAAAGUCAUCGAUGUCUACCAAGACCGUUUGAUCGACGCACCAACUGGUUGUCAAUAUCUUGCCCUAAGCUAUGUUUUCGGGGGAGUCAUCUUGAACAAAGAAGCAGUUACUAGCUCUGGUGGGAUUAUUAGAGAUUAUUUGCCCUCUACUAUUCGUGAUGCCAUGACAGCGUGUGGUCGGUUGAGCGUCAGCUAUCUAUGGGUUGAUCAGCUUUGCAUAGACCAGGGAAGCUCAGAGCACCUACAUCAGCAAAUAAAUCAGAUGACUCUUGUAUAUCAGAAUGCCACAUGUACUCUCGUUGCAUUAGACGGCACGGACGCCCAUGCUGGACUGCCUGGUGUCGGGUCGCGCCGUGUCUGGAAACCUGCAUAUUGUUCAUUGGGGGGUAUACUAAUCGCCGAAACGACAUCCAAUAUUGACCAAUACUACUCUCAGUGCGUAUGGCCAACCCGAGGCUGGACGUUUCAGGAAGCUAUGUUCUCCGCACAGCUUCUUUUUCUAACAAAAGCCGGUGCUUAUUUUGUGCGUCGCGAUGGGAAUCGGUGGACUGACCCUCUAUUAGAAGUCAACUAUGGUCAACGAGGGUCCAUACCCAUUCCCGCUCUGAGUGAUUAUUGGUCUUCGCUUCAUGCCUACACUGCAAGGCACCUCACAUUCGGUGGUGACGCAAUCCGGGCCUUUACAGGGGUAUUGCGGAAUCUUUACGGUCCUAAUACAUAUUUUGGCUUGCCAACGCAUCAUAUAGAUAGGGCUAUCCGCUGGCAUCCCAACCUUGACGAUGAGCGAACGAGACGAGAAGGCUUUCCUUCCUGGUCAUGGGCUUCAUAUCAUGGACAAAUCAACCACUCCCCAUCGAACGUCGGACUAGCACUCUGGGCAGUGCCAAAUCAAAAGUCAGCAACAGAAAUUACCAUUUGCAGACCAAGCCAGGGGUUACAAUGGGAUGACUAUCCCUCCACUACCAACGCGAUUGGGGAGGAAAAGCAACACAUACUUUGGACAGUGUGGUUAGCUUGGACGAAAGGCUGCAUCAACAGGGCUUGCCCUUCUGAAUUAACCCUGGGCUCUGCAUAUGGGCGCUUUCAAGAUCUCUUCAAGCGAUGGCCCACAUACGAUGUCUUCUGGCAAGAGGCCUUUGAUGGCCCAGAUCUUAGGAGUACAUUCAGUCAUCAAGAUUGCCAAGUGGCAGCAUCCGGUUAUGGUCGGAUCCUAGUCCAUACUCAAGUGACAUGCUUCCGUAUCAUGUAUUCUGCUAUACCCCGGGCCAAUAGUGCGCUGAGUGUCCAAACAAGCAAUGGGGAGUUAAUAGGCAGGGUCAACGUAUCACAUCGCAACCAGCUGGAUCAUGGAGCUUUGUGUGAAUUCAUCCUGCUAUCCGUGGAUUGUAUAGGCAAAUGCCCAAAUUUCUUCGAUAUCUUUCCUGAGGACACAUCGGACAACCUAGCAGUGAAGCUAACCUCAAAUUACAUUUUCAUACAUCAGAAAUACGUGGACAGUUUGCUGUAUCGCCACCCUGACGGGGAUAUCUAUCCAUUCCAAAAGUACGACCCACACCCCUUUUCGAACAACUUUAGGCAGAUUCCAUUUGCAACGGCGAUGCUUAUAGAAACGGACGUUGGGACUAACAUUGCUCGCCGUGUGGGUAUUGGGGAGAUUGCUCUCCGGAAAUGGGUUGAAGCAUGCCCAGAGUUCAAAACUAUCAUUCUGGAGUGA